AUGCAGUUAACCGACAUAUUUUACGUGACGUUAUUGGUAGUCGUUACUGCUACAUUUGCACAAGAGUAUGAAGAAAAUCGCGAAUUAAGGAAGACAAAAAAACAUAACAUAAGAAAGCGUGAAACUAUAGUUCUGUAUGAUAAUUUUCCUGUAGACCCGAUAUAUAAAAGUAAACCUAGCGUGGUCUAUCGAAGAAUAUCGCACCAAAGACAUAAUACGAAACCGAAUUAUGGACCACCUAGAACGAAGUAUAGAUACGUAAAACCAUCAAGACGACCUCUAAAAAAAUAUAAGAAAACACCACCAAAGUAUGGACCACCCACAAGAAAGAAACGACCAUAUAAACUUAGAUAUGGACCUCCAAAGUAUAGCCAAAAACCUUAUUUUGGAGCUACAAUAAAAUAUCACCAUAUGUUUUCAUCAUCAGAACCUGUUGGAUUUGGAGAACCGCCAAAUGACUUUUACCAACAGUACAGUAACCUAAAGCAAUCAUUUGCAGAACCACCAUCAGAAUUUCCCAGUCUAUCUAAGGCCACUUACAAUGUGUAUCAAUUGCAAGAUUUCAGCCCAAUGAGCCUUGAUACGCAACAAGCUUUCGACCUGGACAAUAAACAUUGGAAUCCAUUUCAAAAUAAUUUAAACUUAGAUACAAGCUUAGAUUUUACCAACAAACAACCAACUUUUCAAACACGGGAAACACAAUUUGAUGUACCCGACGACGAUAUGAACGCAUAUGUAGAAUACAAAAACAGAGAUCGCCCCCUAACCGCUGAGGAAGAACAUAAUGUAUAUGAAACAAGAAGACAGCCGUACUUUAUUGAUGAUAUUAUUUCCACCAAACCUAAGAGAAUAAUGAAACCAAAAACUGAAGCAGAAGAAGUAGUGGUAGGAGGUCAGUACGCAGAACCACCCGCGAGGAUUGUGCACAAAAGCUACUCCGAAGACCAUCCAUAUGAAGAUGAUAUUUCUGCGGAUAUAGGUUACGUAGAUCCUGACGUAGCUGCUUCAGCAACUAUAUCUCCAUAUGUUAACUAUAAAAAUAGUAAUCUAGCAUUUAGUCCUCAAAAUCUAAAUGAUGCUUUUAGUAUAAUUGAUAAAAAAUAA